GGAUGCUGGGGCGCGUGUGUUUCUCGCGCGUGAGGGUAGCAGCAAAGACGCGUGAACGUAGCGACUAGCGAGAAUUCCGCUCGUUCAGAGAGGAAGGCGCUGACACUUUGUCACCAUGGAUGCCAAUAAAGAUAAAGGGGAUCAAGGAAUGCCAAAUCCAGGUGGACAGAUGGACAAACCUAUAAACUACCACGUCUUGGAACAUUUGCUCCCCAAAGCCGUGAAGAGACGAGUGCAUGCCUUGAAAAGGCUACAGGUGCAAUGUGCUAACAUAGAAGCUAAAUUCUACGAGGAGGUCCAUGAGCUAGAGAGGAAGUAUGCAGCCCUAUAUCAACCACUGUUUGACAAGAGACGAGAUAUCGUCACGGGAGCAGUGGAGCCCACAGACGAGGAGUGUGAGUGGCACAGCGACAGAGAUGAAGACGAGGAGCUUGCUGAGGAGGUAAAGGAAAAAGCUGCUAUUGAGGAUGCAAAGAAGGAGGAAGCCACACCAGAGGAAGACCCAAAGGGCAUCCCUGAGUUCUGGCUCACCAUUUUCAAGAGUGUUGACAUGCUCAGUGACAUGCUACAGGAACAUGAUGAGCCCAUCCUAAAGCACCUGAAAGAUAUUCAAGUCAAGUUUUCUGAGCCAGGACAGCCAAUGAGCUUCACGUUAGAGUUCCACUUUGAGCCGAACGGCUACUUCAACAACGCAGUCCUCACUAAAGUCUACAAGAUGAAGUCAGAGCCUGAUGCCUCAGAUCCGUUCUCAUUUGAGGGUCCAGAGAUCAUCGACUGUGAAGGAUGUCAGAUAGAUUGGCACAAGGGGAAAGAUGUGACGGUGAAAACUAUUAAGAAGAAGCAGAAGCAUAAAGGUCGCGGCACUGUCCGCACUGUUACCAAACAGGUCCCCAAUGACUCUUUCUUCAACUUCUUUAACCCCAUCAAAGCUUCACCAGAUGGAGAAAUGGAUGAAGAUUCAGAGUUCACCCUAGCCACAGACUUUGAGAUUGGUCAUUUCUUCCGUGAGAGAAUAGUUCCCAGAGCAGUGCUGUAUUUCACCGGAGAGGCUCUGGAAGAUGACGAAAGUUUUGAAGAAGAAGAACUGGAAGAGGGAGAUGAAGAGGAACAAGAUGAAGAGGGAGACGACGAUGAUGAGGAGGGAGACUUUGACACCAAGAAAGAACAGCCUCAGCCUGCCGAAUGCAAACAACAGUAACCAUGGUGAUCAGGGGAAGUGGAGAUCUGCUCUCUUAUCAAAUUGGAUCUUAGCCAAUCAACAAGACCUCCUACUUUCACAGGCUCCGCCCUUUUACAAACUCAUCCGAACGCAAUAGGACGUGAACCAGACUGCAUUUUUAAUAUGUGCAUGACUUCUUUUUCUCCUAUCUUGCGCCCAUCUCACCCUCUUCUUCAGCUUCAUUCAGACUCAGAAUUGACUAAAUUAAACUACCAUGUAAUCUCACGUAGGGGCAGUCUUCUUUGGUAAUGUAGGUACUGCCAAACCCAGAAAAACAAUGUCUGGAAAGGAAAAAAAAUAGGAAAGGAAUGGAUCCCAACUUUACUUUCAUUAAGAUAAGUCAGUUACUCAGGGUUUUUUAAUGCCAACAAGCGACGUGAGUUUACUCGGAAACUGCUGAUAAAGUUUGACAUGAUCAUUCACUGGGGUUGUUUUUUUUUUUGUUUUUUUUUUUUCUAUGAGGCAUACAAUGUACCAUUUUGAAUUAACCUUUUUUAAUGUUCAUUGUUAUGUCAUUGGACUAUUUAUUCUGGUAUCAUGCAGCUGAAGGAAAUGCUGCGUUUUUCUUUGGAGAUGCUUUUAAGCUCGGCUACAUUUCUAGACUUACAUUCAUUGGGCUUAGUAGGUCAAUAAAAUGUGAAAACUGCCAAGUCACGUUUUAAGAACAAAGUAUGUUUGAGGCCUGAAAGUUUGGGCUCUGCAUUAAUUCUGCUCACUUCUGCCCAUGUUUAUGGGUUUAACAAGCAUUUAAACCAAGCACUUGAGUGGACACCAUAAGACGCGCGGGUUUAACCUCUACAGCUGGCGUACAUUACCUCCCCCCGUUUAUCCUGCCACCAUUUAAAUUCUCUUUGAACUUGUGUUAGUGUGAAAAUGUCGGACAGCAACACACUUCUCUCCAAAUGUGUCGAUUCCUCCAGCCCAAGCAAUCCCAUAUGGUAAAUACGCUCCUCAAAUUUAACAGUUUAAACACACAGAGUGGCGAGACCCUUAACAUUUUGUGGGUGUUUAUAAGAUAUUGCUUCUUGUAUUUAUGUAGUUCUUAACAAACGUCUUUGAGAGUCAGCGAUGGGACAGGGUGCAGGAGACUUUGAUCAAAUGUAAAUUCUAUUGCCAAGAAGCCAAAAGUAAAGACACACCGUCCUCUAUUAAAAUUGUUUGCCAAUCGUCAUGAACUCAGUGUAAUCUAAUUCAGCAUUUAAAGUUGUUUGAGCAUAUAUGAAUAUUUCUGUUUUUGUCUAAUGGUUCAGUAGAAUGUCUGUGGGGAAAAUAAAUGGAACAGGGUGCCAAUGUAUUUUAUAUACUGCACUUUGAUUUUUGGCCGUUUAUUUGGACACCUUUGCCUGAUGACUGGUCAUCCAUAGCAGUGGCAGUGAAACCAUACCCUCCCUUUCUCUUUUUAAAACGAACGAUUGUACAUCUUGUUGGACAGAUCUCUCAAAGCCACGGUUGACAUCUUCAAAUCUACCACAUUGGACCGUGUGCUAGCAAUGGCCUUAACUGGUUCUUAUUCACAAUUUGUUACUUGCGCAAUAUUUCUUUUCAAUUUGUACAGAGUUAGUUAAGAUAUUCUAUUAAAGUUGUGCAACAUG